AUGAAGUGGACUAUUACUUCCAUUCUGCUGGCCGCCAGCUCCACCCUCGCUGCCCCUACAUAUGUUGCCCGCAGCAAUUCCAUCCAGAUCAGUGAUUUCUCGGCCCGAGCUGCGUCUCCCGCCUCCACUGCGAGCAUGCACUUCGUUGUCACCGAUGCGAACUACCCCGAUGACACACCCACUGAUUGCAACCUAAUCUGGACCUACGAACAGCUGCCCAAGUCCAACGCACGGUGCAACAACGGCGAGUACUACAUCAGGUUCCCUCAGGGGGCUCCCGACUUCAACCGCUUUACGCUAGAGCUAGAGAGGGUUUCUGGCCCCAUUCCCGAACAAGGCCAGAUCUUGCUGAGUUCGAAUGCCAAUGGAGAGGCGCCUGGAACUAAGUGGAUCUGCGUGAACAACCCUGACCCCAACGUCGAAAUCAGUUGUUCCUAUGAUGGAGUUCUUGAAUUGCAGGUCUAA